AUGGCUGCUCUUGCUGGCGAAGAUGCAGAGACAAGUAUUGUCCACCGGAGUAUCCCUGCUAACCCCCAAAAGGUCGCCUACAUUUUCAACCCGUCCGAUGAUGAGGAUGAUGAAGCCAACAAUGGCGAGAAUCGAGGUGCCACAACGUCGCCAUCGGCAUCCCGCAGUAGCAGAAAGCAUGGCCGGACAAAUGAUCGGACGCCAAAGUCCAAAAAGCGGCGAACGGCCAAGGGCAAGGCAAAGGUUGACUGUGACGGUGACGGUGACGGUGAACAAGACCGCGAAGGCGACGGUGACGAGAACGCCGGCGACGACAAUGCGCUGGCUUCAUUCCCACCCCUCCUUCAGGGCCGCGAAGCGUCCGAGGCAGUGGCCCGCCGGCGACAACUAUUCAACUCUCUGUGGGCCCAGCUCGAUGACCGGAUCCAGACUGUCUUGCAACGCUCUAAUCAAGCGACGCUAAGUGCCGUCAUGGACUUUAUUGAGAAGCCAACGCAAACAAAACUACCGGCCGCAUUUGUCAUUCUCGGCCCUGCUGCCACGACGGAUAUGCUACUCUUCCGCCAGCUGUCUGCUUCGCUCACUGAGAGCGAGAAGACCAUCAACCGCGACAGCAGCUCCAAAGGCAAGGAUCGCUGUGUCCGCCGCAUGGUCCGUCUGCGUGCGGCCGAAGCACCAAACCUGCGUGCCGCUCUCAAGACAAUCGUACAGGUUGCCUCCUCCGCGCCGUCGCCUGGAAACGGUGUUGACGAUGGUGCGGACGAAGACGAUGUCGUGGCUCACAACGGUAACAAAUAUCUUGCCUACGACCUCGAGGCCGUGGCAGCAGCCAUUAGUGACCCAGCAACCUCGCGCAUCGUUGUCGCCUUUGAGGACAGUGAGGCAUUCGAUGGCGCGCUGCUGGCCGACCUGAUCAGUUUUCUGCACUCCUGGUUCGAUCGCAUCCCCUUUGUUCUCCUGUUUGGGGUAGCCACGUCCGUCGAUCUCUUCCAGGCACGGCUACCCAAACAGGCCGCUCACCGUUUGUCCGCAGCACAGUUCGACAUUGCACCCUCGUCGGCCGUGCUUGAUCGCCUUGCUGAGAGGCAAGACGAGCAAGUAGCGGGUGUUUCGGUGUUUGUUAAUUCGUUGAAGGAAAAGUACGCCUACAUGUGCUAUUUUUACGCCAACCCGCUCAGCGUCUUCUUGCACGAUAUUGGAGACAGCACCGUAACAACGACCCAGGAUACUCUUCUCCAGAAUACAGAUUACCUCACGGCCUUCCGCCAACUACCCUCAUUCCGGCGCCACGUCAAAGCUCUCGUGACGGAUGGUGACAUUGAUGUGGCCAAGCAGCUACUCAGUGAUAAACCAGACCAACAACAAUUCCUCCGGCAAGCCGUGGCCGGCCAAAUGCAGUACCAGCGGCGCUGGAACGAGCGGAUAGCACGUGCUGUUCAUCUCGCCGCGGCCAGCGGCGUGUUCCCUGGUCAGUCAUUUACUGAACUCUACAUCACAGCCCUCGAGGACCAGCGUGGUGCAAAUGAGGAUGGAUUCACGCUUGAUGACGACGACUCGUCACUGGCUGCGACUAUGACAACUGCCAUCCGGCGCAUGACGUCUUCGGAACUGGUCACUGUACUCCGGCGCCUCAUUGCUGCCGCAGAGGCUGGCGAUGCAGAGCUUGCACUAGAGGCGCCACCGGACGACACCGCCGAGCUUGCUGGCGACAUGGAUCCGUAUCAGGCAAGCUGGGCCACGCUGCCUUCCAACCUCGCUAAGAUUGCGGGCCAGAUUGAGGAGCUCCAGAAGAAACUGGAGGCCAGCUAUGCCAACCGGGCUCGGAGUAGAAUCAUGAGCCUCAAAGCUGCCGGUGGAGGUCCGUCCAGUCCCGGUGGUGGUGGCGGCCCGCCCCAGCUACGCAGCAAGUACACGGCCCAAAGCAAAGUCUUGCGCACGACCGUUGUCGCACAAAAGGUCCAGCUGAGCCGUGACUCUAUGGCCUUGACCGAAGAGGACCAGACAUUCACGGAAUUGGUCGAUGCCGCCGUCGCCGCUGUUGUUGGCGUUGUCGACGUUGAGCCAGCGACGGCCAGUCGUGCGGCAGUGGCCCCAUCCUCGCUAGCAACGCCUUCCUCGUCGCCAGCGAGUCGUCUUUGGUUGCAGGAGGUCUGGUUAUACAACGCCCAAGCACCGUACCGCGACGUUUUUAUCCCGCGCCCCGGUCUGGUAGUAGAGCGGGCGCUUGCGCGGCCGCACGACUACCUGGCUUGCGAGUGCUGUGCUGGGACGGAACCUUCCCAAAAUACGUCGUCGAAGAAGAAUGGCGACACCGAGAGAGGUAGCAUCCGGCCUACACUUCCAGCGACCGCCAUCCUCUACCAGCUGUACCUCGAUGCUGGCCCGCUGAUCAAUGUGGCCGAUUUGUGGGAGGCUUUCCAAAAUGCCGUCUCAGAAAACGGCAACAGACGCAAAGACAAAGAUGGUAACGAAAAUAAAAACAAAGAGGCUGCGGCGAACAAUGGCGACAAUGCAGCCGAGGGCGAGGAAGAAGCCGAAGACAACACACUGGAGCGGCGGCACCUUGUCCAAUUUUAUCAGGGCCUCUCUGAGAUGAAGACGCUGGGCUAUAUCAAGCCCACACGACGCAAGGUCGACCAUGUCGCCAAAAUCAAGUGGCUGUAG